AUGGAAUCAACUGAGCCGGGAGGUAUAUGUAAGGAUAGCGAAGAUGGUCAUGAUUGUCGGAAAUGUAACCAACUGAAUUCAGUUGAAAAAGAGAUGGUCGCCUGCGAUUCAUGCUCCGGAUGGUGGCAUUUGGUAUGUGCCAAUGUAUCGCCUGGAGUUUCCAAACGUCCUUGGGGUUGUGAGGAUUGUGUGAAGCUGAAGAGCCUACCGCUGACUGUAACUAAGCUUACUUUGGCGAGGAACAACGGAACGAAGAAAAAGGAAACGAAAAAGGAAGUCCAAAAGUCUAAACCCGAUCCUCGUAAUACUGUCGGCAAAAUAGCUGGAGCGAUAAAAGUACGAACUGCUGGUGGAUCUAUGAAAUUGAAACCAUCGAGCGACUCAUGUUCGACCGCUGAGUCUAUGACGUCGGAGUGUGCUAAGGAGGCAGAAAACAGAGCGGGAAUGCUGAAAGACACUUGGUCUCCUUCGAGCGACAACACUGUCAAACAAAUCCCAAACAGCCAACGAAAACCAUCUAGAUCCGAAAAGUCGAUCAAAUCCAACGCCUCAUCCUGUGCCCGGAUACAGCUUAAACUUCUACAAGAGGAUAAAGAAUUAGAAGAUCGGAAAUUAAUGGAAAAGCGAAGAAAUUUGGAAGAGGAAAAAGUUUUACGAGAAAAGGAGCGUGAACUGCGAGAAGAAGAGCUCAAGAUUCAGGAAAAGUACUUACAGAAGAAAAGGGAACUUGAAGAAAUAGUCGAAAGUGGAAAUUCUAUGAGUUCCGUAUCCGUGUCCUGCAAAAGUAAAAUGGCAGAAGAUUGGAUCAAUAAGCAACGAAAAUCGAACCAGACUAUUCCAAAUAUUUCUGAUGAAUUAGAGCCUGACCACUUGGAAUCAGACAACGAGAGUAUGGGCAACAAUCGCAGUCAUCAAGAGCGGAAUUUCAAUCGUGGCCAAUUAUUACCAGUCAAAAAUACAGAUCCAUUCAAGCCUGAAAAGAAUUUUGGGCCAACGUUUGAACAAUCCGCUGCAAGGCAAAUAUGGCCCAAGACACUCCCAUCAUUUUCCGGUGAUCCCGAGGAGUGGCCAAUCUUCUUAAAUAGCUUUGAGGACUCCAACAGAGCCUGCGGAUUUUCGAACGUGGAAAACUUGAUGCGGUUAAGGGAAUGCUUGCGGGGUGCCGCAAAAGAUGCCGUGGCCACCAAACUGAUGUUCCCGGAAAGCGUCCCCGUUAUCAUGGAAACUUUAAAGCGAAUGUAUGGGAGACCAGAGCUCAUAGUGAAAACCAUGUUAGCAAAGGUUCGUAGAUUAGAAGCACCGAAACCAGAACGCCUGGAUAGUUUGAUUCGUUUCGGGACGUCAGUCGAACAACUUUGCGAUCAUUUAAAAGCUGCAAACCUUCGAAAUCAUUUCUCGAAUCCGUCACUUUUAGCGGAACUGGUUGAGAAGCUACCGACCUCCAAUCAAAUAGAGUGGGUACGUUUCAAACGAAGUUUUGACGAUCCAACGUUAAUGGAAUUUGGUCAAUUUAUGAAAGAACUUGUGAUCGAUGCUAGCGAAGUGACCACCGUUACUACCCUGAAGCAUGACAGUAGAGGUGAAAAAAUGAAACUUAGAGAAAGGGGCCAUUUGAAUACGCACAUUCAAACAUCUGAAGAGUUACGAACGCAACAUUGCGAAAAGAAGCCUUGCCUGGUCUGUGGCAUGACCAAUCAUCGUCUGCGCAAUUGCGAAAAGUUUAAAAAGUUGAGUCUGGAAGCGAGAUUAAAGGUGGUCGAGCAAUGGAAGUUGUGCGAAACUUGUCUCUACGACCAUGGAAAGUGGAAAUGUCGGUCGAGGUAUUAUUGUACAGUCGAUAACUGCAAAAGAAAACAUCAUUACCUCCUUCAUCCUGAAAAUCGCCCGGGAACAGCAACGACUGCGUUUUGCAAUACCCACAGAGAUGUCAAUGCCUCAGUUCUACUACGAAUUAUCCCAAUCCUCUUGCGCAACGCAGAUCGAGUAAUCGAGACAUUCGGAUUUAUUGAUGAAGGUUCAUCUCUGACCCUGAUGGAUUCAGAGUUAGCUGAUUUCCUUGGUUUGGAGGGAUCAACAGAGCCAUUACAAUUAAGAUGGACCUCAAACAUCGUGCGUGAUGAAAAUUAUUCGAAGCGUGUUAAAGUCGCCAUUGCCGGAAGAGAAUUUUCGAAUAAAUACCAUUUCAUAGUAGCUCGUACAAUUGCGAACCUGGAUUUACCAGAGCAAAAUCUACCGUACGAGAGUCUGGUUGGAAAGUAUGGGCACUUACAGAAUUUAGAAGUGUCUUCAUAUGUGAGAGCGAAGCCACAAAUCCUUAUUGGUUUGGAUAACCUAGAAAUGUUCGCACCUUUAGAGAGCCGUAUAGGACAUCGAGGACAACCAAUCGCCGUAAGAUCAGUACUAGGAUGGUCGGUUUACGGACCUAUCAGCUCCGGUUCUCAAUACGGUGGCAGAGUUAACGUUCACUCUUGUAACUGUAACGCAGAUUUUGAACUUACAGAUCUAGUGCGCCAACAGUUCGUACUCGAAGAAAACAUAACGUUUCAUGGCACACUCCCCCGAUCAAAAGAAGAUACCCGCGCUCUUGAAAUCCUCGAUCGAACGACCACUUUCAAAAAUGGAAGGUACGAAACAGAACUUCUUUGGAGGAAAGAAGAAAUACACUUCCCAGACAGCCGGCAAAUGGCGAUGAGUUGCCUGAAAGGAUUUGAAGGCAAGCUGACGAAAAAUCCAGAACUCCGAUCUAAUGUCCACGAGCAGAUCAAAGAAUAUAUACGCAAGGGCUAUGCACACAAGACAACGGAACUUGAGCUAACGGAAGUGCCAUCCGAACGUGUGUGGUAUUUGCCACUGAAUAUUGUUAGCAACGCGAAAAAACCCAACAAAAAGAGGUUGAUUUGGGAUGCAGCAGCGAUAGCUAAUGGAGUUUCAUUGAAUUCAGUACUGCUUAAGGGCCCAGAUCUCCUUGUCAAUUUACCGUCUGUAAUCUACAAAUUUAGAGAAAAGAUCGUGGGCUUUGGAGGCGACGUGAAAGAAAUGUUUCACCAGGUGCGCAUUAGGUCCGAGGACAAACAUGCUCAGCGCUUUCUAUUCCGGUUCGAUCCUGAACACCCACCUGAUGUUUACACGAUGGAUGUUAUGAUUUUUGGGGCCGCCUGCUCACCAUGUACUGCUUUAUAUGUAAUGCAACUGAACGCCGACAACUGUCAAAAAUAUUACCCUGAGGCAACAAAAGCUAUCAAGAGCAAUACUUACAUGGACGACUAUUUUGAUAGCGCGGACACGCCGGAAGAAGCCGCUAACAGAGCAAUGCAAGUCAAAUUAGCUCUUGAGCGAGGUGGCUUCGAAAUGAAAAAUUGGAACGACCAAAUCACAAGUUCACUUUCGUGGCUAGGACUUACGCGUCGCUUUUGUGUGGCACCACGAUGCACGUUCGAAUGCUGA